UUGUUUCGAGUUUGCACCGUGAGGAGCCGACGCCUCUGCCGCCUUUAGAGUGGAUUGGGAAAGGAAACGCGACCUUCUUUGGACUGGAUCGGACCCCCCAGCCCCAUUCGGAACCCUUCCCAGCCCUAAUCCGGGUCAAAGCCGGAGGAGAGAGGGAAUUUGGGGAACUCAACGCGAUGCUGGGCUCCGAAGGAGCGAGCCAAUGGGGGGGAAAACCGAAGGAGGCGCGGGGAAUGUAUUGUGGAACAGCGCCCCCUAGCUGCCGGAGAAGGAUAUAGGCCAAGCAGGGAAGAGGAGAGAAGGCAGGCAAGGCAGGGGAGAAGCAAGCCAGGCAGCGGGCAAGUUCAGCCUUGUCCGGACCGGACACGAGGGACUCCCUUUGGCUUCGCGUGGGAGCUUUGGCCGGCAGCCUCCAAAGAAGUGAAGCAUUGAGUUAUGGACAAGUCCCUGGUGUUUAGAGAUGGGCAGAGUCUUGAUGACCAUCGAACCACCUUCACUUCAUCCAGUCUCAUCUGAUUUCAGAAGCUGAGCAAGGUUGGGCUUGAUUAGCCCUUGGAUGGGAGACCACAAGAGAAUACCAGGGAUCUUAAGGAUUUGGGGAACUGCCUCCAUGGAGAGCCAUUUCGCCAUGCUCCUGCUGCUCCUGCUGCUUGUGCAGCAUUUUGGAAACUGUGAAGGAAAUCCAAGACAGGACCACACAUUGCCAAUGCAGUUUACUCAAGCUCAUUAUAAUGCCACUGUGUAUGAGAACUCUGCGGCCAAGACCUAUGUUGGACAUUCAGUAAAAAUGGGCAUUUUUAUCAGAAACUCCCUGUGGGAUAUAAAAUACAAAAUCAUUUCUGGUGACAACGAAAACUUGUUCAAAGCUGAAGAACAUAUUUUGGGGGACUUUUGCUUUUUACGGAUACGGACCAAGGGCGGGAACACAGCUAUACUAAACAGAGAAGUAAAAGACCAUUAUGUAUUAACUGUUAAAGCAAUAGAGAAGAACACCAAUGCAGAAGCCCGCACAAAAAUCAGAGUUCAAGUAUUGGAUACAAAUGACUUGCGGCCAUUGUUUUCGCCAACUUCUUACAGUGUUUCUGUGCCUGAGAAUACAGCAAUAAGGACCAGCAUUGCAAGGGUAAGCGCAACAGAUGCUGAUAUUGGAACCAACGGGGAGUUUUAUUACAGCUUUAAAGAGAGGACAGAUAUGUUUGCUAUACAUCCAACAAGUGGUGUGAUCGUUUUGACUGGCAGACUGGACUAUUCAGAAUCAAAGGUUUAUGAGAUGGAAAUCCUUGCCGUGGACCGUGGAAUGAAACUGUAUGGCAGCAGUGGUAUCAGUAGCAUGGCAAGAUUAACUGUUUACAUAGAGCAAGCGAAUGAACAUGCUCCAGUGAUCACUGCCCUCACUUUAACUCCUUCAGAGUUAGACAAUGACCCAGUAUAUGCAGUUGUAACAGUUGAGGACAGGGAUCAUGGUUCAAAUGGAGAGAUAGCAUCCCUAAGCAUUGUGGCAGGUGAUCCACUGCAGCAGUUCAGAGCUGUGAGGACUUUCCCAGGAGGGAAAGAAUAUAAAAUCAGAGCCGUUGGCAGUAUUGAUUGGGAGAGCCAACCCUUCGGUUAUAAUCUUACUCUACAAGCUAAAGAUAAAGGCAGUCCUCCAAAAUUUUCUUCUGUCAAAGUAAUUCAUGUGGCCUCUCCCCAGUUUAGAUUUGGACCAGUCCAUUUUGAAAGAGAGAUUUACAGAACCGAAAUAAGUGAAUUUGCCCCACCAAAUACCCCUGUGGUUAUGGUAAAAUUUUUACCUACAUAUUCUCACUUGAAAUAUAUGUUUAAAAGUGCACCAAGCAAUGUCAGAUUCAAUUUGAAUCCUCACACUGGCCUUAUUACUACCCUCGAUCCUAUAAAAGCACAAUAUUCGUCCUCUUUUGAUUUUGAGAUUAUGACGAGUGACAGAAAAGCAUCUACGAGAGUACUGAUUGAAGUCAUAGAUGUCAAUACACAUUCCCCUGAAUUUACCCAGAUGUCUUAUAAAGCCUCUUUUGAUGAAAAUGUUCCUAUAGGUACAAGUGUCAUGCGUGUGAAUGCAAAAGAUCUGGAUGAAGGUGAAAAUGGCUAUGUGACAUACAGUAUUGCAAACAUAAAUCCUGUUCCAUUUGUGAUCAACCAUUUCACUGGUGUUAUCAGCACCUCUGAAAACAUGGACUAUGAACUGAUGCCAAGAGUUUAUAAGUUAAGAGUUCGUGCAUCUGACUGGGGCACACCAUACCGUCGAGAAGUUGAAGCCCCUGUUACCAUAGUUCUAAACAAUUUGAAUGAUAACACUCCACUAUUUGAGAAAAUCAAUUGUGAGGGAACAAUUCCCAGAGAGCUUGGUGUUGGAGAACAGAUAACAACUGUAUCUGCCAUUGAUGCCGAUGAGCUUCAGUUAGUGCAGUACCAAGUUGAAUCUGGAAAUGAAUUACAUUUAUUUGUUCUCAAUCCAAAUUCUGGAGUGCUUUCCCUGAAACAGUCAUUGGUAGAUGGCUUAGGUGCUAAAACAUCUUUUCAUAGCUUGAGAAUAACUGCUACGGAUGGAGAAAACUUUUCAUCACCUUUAUAUAUUAACAUUACUGUAGUUGCCAGUCGCAAACCAGUAAAGUUGCAGUGUGAAGAAACCGGUGUAGCCAAAAUGCUGGCAGAGAAGCUUCUACAGGCAAAUAAACUCCAUGGACGUAGUGAACCCGAGGAUACAUUUUUUGACACUCACUCUGUAAAUUUUCAUGCACCUCAAUUUUCAGCUAGUCUUCCCAAUAGCAUUGAAAUAAAAGAAGAUCUGCUUGUAGGUUCCAACAUCCAACUUAUUAAUGCCACUGAUCUUGACACUGGUUUCAAUGGGAAGCUGGUCUAUGCUAUUUCUGGAGGUAAUAAUGAUAGCAGCUUUGUCAUUGGUAUGGAAACAGGAAUGCUAAAAAUCUUAUCUCCUCUUGACCGAGAAGUCAAAGAUAAAUACACAUUGAAUUUUACCGUUUAUGACCUUGGAAUACCACAGAAGUCUGCCUGGCGCCUUUUAGAUAUCAGAGUUCUCGAUGCCAAUGACAAUCAUCCAGAAUUUUUACAAGAUAGCUAUUUUGUUGAUGUGAGUGAAAACAAGGAUCUUGAUACAGAAAUCAUUCAAGUAGAAGCCAUAGAUAGAGAUUUAGGGACUAAUGGGGAAGUGCGAUAUUCAAUUCUUACAGACACAGAUAAAUUUUCUAUUGACAGUGUAACAGGUAUUGUGAAAGUUAUAGGAUCUUUGGAUCGUGAAGCUCAAUCUGUACAUUUCCUGAAAAUAGAAGCUAGGGACCAAGCUAAAGAAGAAUCACAGUUGUCAUCAACUGUAUUGCUGAAGGUGUCUUUGGAAGAUGUCAAUGAUAAUCCUCCUAAAUUUAUUCCAUUGAAUUACCGUGUAAAAAUCCGAGAGGAUCUCCCAGAAGGAACAAUUAUCACAUGGCUGGAAGCCUAUGAUCCUGAUGUCGGACAGUCAAGUCAAGUGCGGUACAGUCUUUUGGAUGGUGGAGAGGGAAGCUUUGAUGUUGAUAAACUCAGUGGAGCAAUCCGUAUUGUACAAGGACUGGAUUUUGAGAGGAAGCAAAUGUAUAAUCUAACAGUCCGGGCAAAAGACAAAGGAAAACCCAUUUCAAUGUCUUCUACAUGUUAUGUUGAGAUUGAAGUUGUUGAUGUCAAUGAGAAUCUGCACCCACCACGUUUCCCAAACUUUGUGGAUAAAGGUUUUGUAAAUGAAGAUGUUCCCAUUGGUUCUUUGGUGAUGACCGUGUCUGCAUUUGAUGAAGAUACAGGAAGAGAUGGUGAGGUCAGAUAUUCGAUAAGGGAUGGAUCCGGUGUCGGAAUUUUCACAAUAGAUGAAGAAAAAGGCACAAUAACAACCGUUGAUUUACUUGACCGAGAGACUACUUCCCAUUACUGGCUAACUGUUUAUGCAGCAGACCAGGGUGUUGUUCCCCUGUCCUCCUUCGUUGAAAUCUACAUAGAAGUUGGUGAUGUUAAUGACAAUGCUCCACAAACUACACAGCCUGUUUAUUACCCAGAAGUCAUGGAAAACUCACCUAAGGAUGUGUCAGUCAUACAAAUUGAGGCUUUUGAUGCAGACUCAACCGCUAAUGACAAGUUGACUUACAAGAUUACCAGUGGAAAUCCACAGGGAUUCUUUUCCAUGAAUCCAAAAACUGGUUUAAUAACAACAACAUCAAGAAAACUUGACCGAGAACAACAAUCAGAACACAUAUUAGAGGUAACAGUUACAGACAAUGGUAUACCACCCAAAUCCACCCUUGCUCGGGUUAUUGUGAAGAUCUUGGAUGAAAAUGAUAAUAGACCUCAAUUCUUGCAAAAGUUCUAUCAAAUCAAACUGCCUGAACGUGAGAAACCAGAGAGAGAAAGGACUGCCAAAAGGGAGCCAAUCUACCGGGUUGUAGCUGCUGACAAAGAUGAAGGACCCAAUGCAGAAAUAUCUUACAGCAUUGAGGAAGGGGAUGAGCAUGGCAAAUUCUUUAUUGACCCUAUAACAGGAAUAGUCUCCUCUAAGAAGUAUUCUGGAGCUGGGGAAUAUGACAUUCUUACAAUCAAAGCCGUGGAUAAUGGUCGUCCACAGAAGUCAUCAACAGCUCGUCUUCAUAUAGAAUGGAUCCCCAAACCUAGUCCAACCUCGGAGCCAAUUUCUUUUGAGGAAUCAUUUUUUUCUUUUACUGUCAUGGAAAGUGACCCAGUCACUCACAUGAUUGGCGUAAUUGCUGUCGAGCCACCUAGCAUUCCACUGUGGUUUGAGAUUACAGGAGACAAGCUUGCUAGUGACGUUUUUUACAUCUUUCAGAUGGCUUGUGACCUGAACUGUACAGCAGAAGCAGGUGGCAACUCUGACAGUCGCUUUGAUGUGGACAAGGGUACUGGAACCAUCGUUGUCGCGAAACCUCUUGAUGCAGAACAGAAAUCAAAUUACAAUCUGACAGUCGAAGCAACAGAUGGAACUAGGACUAUUGGCACUCAGGUGUAUAUUAAGGUAAUAGACACAAAUGAUCACCGGCCAGAGUUUUCUACAUCCGAAUACCAAGUCAUUAUACCAGAGGACACAAUGCCAGAAACUGAAAUUUUGCAAGUCAGUGCCUCCGAUAAAGAUGAGAAGAAUAAAUUAAUUUAUACUAUGCAAAGUAGUGUGGAUCCCGUCAGCCUUAAGAAAUUUCAUCUGGAUCCUGCAACCGGCUCUCUUUAUACCUCAGAAAAAUUGGAUCAUGAAGUCAUACAUCAACAUGUUCUCACAGUGAUGGUACGAGAUCAAGAUGUUCCUGUCAAGCGCAAUUUUGCUAGAGUUAUCAUUAAUGUCAGUGAUACGAAUGAUCAUGCACCAUGGUUCACCAGUUCUUCAUACAAAGGGCGAGUGUUUGAGUCAGCAGCAGUUGGGUCUAUGGUUCUCCAAGUUACAGCACUGGAUAAGGACAAAGGGGGAAAUGCAGAAAUUGUGUACUCCAUAGAAUCAGGGAAUACUGGAAAUGCUUUUAACAUACACCCCGUCUUAGGCAGUAUCACCACUGCAAAAGAAUUAGACCAGAGUAGUCAGGAGGAGUAUACUCUGAUGGUGAGAGCAACUGAUAAAGGCAGCCCACCCAUGAGUGAAGUAACAUCUGUGCACAUUUCAGUUACAAUCUCUGAUAAUGCAUCACCGAAAUUCACAAUGAGAGAAUACUCCACGGAAAUCAGCGAGGGGUGCAGCAUUGGCAGUUUUGUUGGAAUGGUUAUCGCGCACAGUCAGUCAUCUGUGGUCUAUGAAAUAAAAGAUGGCAAUACAGGUGACGUCUUCACUAUCAACCCAAAUUCUGGUGUCAUUACCUCUCAGAAGACACUUGAUUUUGAAACGUUGUCGUUUUAUAGCCUAACCAUUCAGGGAACUAACAUGGCUGGGCAGUCCGCUAACACAACUUUAUUGGUGCAUCUUCAAGAUAAGAAUGAUAACGCGCCUACUUUUAUGCAGACUGAAUACACAGGACACAUCAGUGAAUCAGCUUCAGCUAACAGUGUGGUUCUAACAGACAGACAUGUGCCUUUAGUGAUACGAGCCACAGAUGCUGACAAAGACUCAAAUGCCUUGCUUGUCUAUCAAAUUGUUGAGCCAUCUGUCCACAAGUAUUUUACCAUUGAUUCCAGUACAGGAGCCAUUCGCACAGUAAUGAGUUUGGAUUAUGAAGAAAGAAAUACAUUUCGUUUUUCGGUGCAAGUAUCAGAUAUGGGGACUCCACGCUUAUUUGCAGAAUAUGCUGCGAAUGUUACUAUUCGUGUCAUUGACAUUAACGAUUGCCCUCCUGUGUUUUCUAAAGAUCUGUAUGAAGCAACUGUUUUGGUGCCAACCUAUAAAGGAGUGAAAGUUGUCAUGGUAAAUGCAACAGAUGCUGAUUCAGAAACCUUUUCACGACUCAUGUAUUCUAUCACAGAAGGCAACAUUGGAGAAAAAUUUUCAAUCGAUUCCAAGACUGGUCAGAUUACCGUACAAAAUACAACUCAGUUAAGAAGCAGAUAUGAAUUGACAGUCAGGGCAUCAGAUGGCAGAUUUUCUAGCAUCACAUACAUAAAAAUUAAUGUGAAAGAAAGCAAAGCAAGUCAGCUAAAGUUCACACACAGUUCCUACAGUGCAGUAGUCCAAGAGAAUUCUACAAAGCCAAAGACAAUAGCUGUUAUCACUGCUAUAGGGAGUCAAAUAAAUGAGCCUUUGUUUUAUCGUAUUCUGAACCCGGACAAUAGGUUUAAAAUUAGCUACACUUCAGGGGUCCUUUCAACUACUGGAAUGCCAUUUGAUCGUGAGCUGCAAGACUCCUUUGAUAUUGUUGUGGAAGUGACAGCGGAACAUCAGCCAUCGCUAAUUGCACAUGUUGUGGUGAAGGUCACUGUAGAAGACAUAAAUGAUAAUGCCCCUGUUUUUGUCAGUCUUCCAUAUUAUGCCACUGUUAAAAUAGACAUGGAAGUGGGCCAGGUUAUUCGACGUGUGACUGCUGUAGAUAAGGAUAUUGGAAGAAAUGGAGAAGUGCAUUAUUCACUCAAAGAAGACUAUGGCCACUUCCAAAUAGGAAACACUGGUGAAAUUUCACUGAAGAAACCGUUUGACCCAGAUACACUCAAUGAAGAGUAUAUUAUCACUGUAGUUGCAACGGAUGGAGGACAGCCUGCUUUUUCUGCUGAAGUGACAUUCCCCAUCACUGUUGUAAAUAAAGCCAUGCCGGUAUUUGAAAAAGCUUUCUACAGUGCAGAGAUACCAGAAAACAUACAGAUCCAUAGCCCUGUUGUACAUGUACAAGCAAACAGCCCAGAAGGACUCAGAGUAUUUUAUAGCAUCACAGAUGGUGACCCUUUCAGUCAGUUUACUAUAAACUUUAAUACAGGAGUUAUUAAUACUUUUGCCCCACUGGAUUUUGAGUCUCAUCCUGCCUACAAACUGAGCAUACGUGCAACUGAUUCAUUGACUGGAGCUCAUGCUGAAGUGUUUGUUGACAUAGUAAUUGAAGACAUCAAUGAUAAUCCUCCUCUCUUUACAGAACAAUUUUAUACUGCCACCCUUUCUGAAGCUGCUGUAAUUGGAACAUCUGUUGUACGUGUCUGGGCUACCGAUGCUGACUCUGGAACAAACAGAGGGAUUUCUUAUCACUUGGUAGAAAACAAUAGCAACAGUCAUGAGUAUUUUCACAUAGAUAGCAGCACAGGGAUAAUUUUGAUAUCGAGGAGUUUGGAUUAUGAGCAGUCUCGGCAACAUACAUUGCUAGUAAGAGCAAUUGACAGUGGAAUGCCUCCAUUGAGCAGUGAUGUUGUUGUAACUGUUGGCAUAACCGACCUGAAUGAUAACCCACCAGUAUUUAAUCAGCUGCUUUAUGAAGCUAACAUCAGUGAAUUGGCUCCCCGUGGACACUUUGUAACUUGUGUAAAGGCCUCAGAUGCAGAUACUUCAGAUGUGGGCAAGCUGGAGUAUUCUAUAUUAACAGGCAAUGAUCACAUGAAUUUUGUAAUCAACAGCAAAACUGGGAUCAUCACCCUAUCAAACGUACAUAAGCAGACUCUGAAACCUGUUUAUCGUCUUAAUGUAUCUGUUUCUGAUGGGGUCUUCAGAAGCCCAGCUCAGGUUCUCAUAAAUGUAAUUGGGGCCAAUUUGCAUAGUCCUCUUUUCAGUCAGAAGGAAUAUGAAGUAGAACUCUCUGAGAAUGCUCCACUGCAUACCUUGGUGACAGAGGUUAGGGCAACUGACAAAGAUACAGGUCACUAUGGAGCUGUCACAUACCACAUUGUGAAUGAUUUUGCACAAGAUAGAUUUUAUACUAAUGAGAGGGGACAAAUAUUUACCUCAGAAAAACUUGAUCGUGAAACUCCAGCUGAAAAAGUCAUUUUUAUUAGGUUAAUGGCUAAGGAUUCUGGGGGGAAAGUGGCAUUUUGCAGUGUCAAUGUUAUACUUACUGAUGUUAAUGAUAAUGCCCCUUUGUUUCGAGCAACAGAGUAUGAAGUCAACAUCGGCUCAGAUGUUCCAAGAGGAACAUCCGUCAUCAAGGUUCUAGCUUCUGAUGCUGAUGAGGGCACCAAUGCAGAUAUCACUUAUACAAUGGAAGCAGAUUCUCCAAGUGUUCAAGAAAAUUUAGAAAUAAACCAUUUGACUGGAGUAAUAACUACAAAAGAAAGUUUAAUUGGCUUAGAAAAUGAGUUUCUCGCCUUCUUUGUUAGAGCAACAGAUGGUGGUUCCCCACAGAAGGAAUCUCGUGUUCCUCUCUACAUUAGAAUACUUUCCCCUGAGAUACACAUUCCAAAAUUUUCAGAACCAUUUUAUUCGUACACUCUUUCAGAAGACAUUCCUAUUGGAACUGAGAUUGAUACUAUACGAGCAGAGCACACACAAACAUUGCUAUACACUCUUGUGAAGGGGAAUACCCCUGAAAGUAACAGAGAUGAAUACUUUGUGAUAGACAGGCAGAAUGGAAAACUAAAGCUUGAGAAGAGCCUUGAUCAUGAAACAACUAAGUGGUACCAGUUUUCAGUACUGGCAUACUAUGUGAAUGAAGAUUACAAAGUAGUUUCUUCAGUAGACAUAAGUAUUCAGAUAAGAGAUGUAAAUGACAAUAAACCAGUCAUAGAGUCGAAUCCAUACAAAGCAUUUAUUGUGGAGAACAUGCCUGCUGGAACAAGAGUUAUCCAAAUAAAAGCAACUGACCAAGAUUCUGGAAGCAAUGGACAGGUUACUUACAGAUUGUAUCCAGCGCAAGAUGCUGAUAUCUCAGAGUCAUUUGCCAUAAAUGCGGAAACAGGCUGGAUUACUACACUGAAAGAGCUUGACCAUGAGAAGCAAAAUAAGUACAAAAUUACAGUGGUGGCAUCUGACCGUGGUGAAAAAGUGCAGUUGACUUCUACAGCAGUUGUUGAAGUUUCUGUGACAGAUGUCAAUGACAAUCCUCCUCGCUUCACUGCAGAGAUUUAUAAAGGAACAGUUAGUGAAGAUGAUCCAACUGGAGGUGUAGUUGCCAUCUUAAGCACCACUGAUGCUGAUUCAGAAGAUGUCAACAGACAAGUCAGCUAUUUUAUCACAGGUGGUGAUCCAUUGGGACAAUUUGCCGUAGAAAAUAUACAGAACGAAUGGAAAGUAUAUGUAAGAAAACCUCUGGACAGAGAAGUAAAGGAUAAUUACCUUCUAAAUAUUACAGCAACUGAUGGGAUGUUUGCAACAAAAGCUGUUGUGGAGGUUAAAGUCCUUGAUUCGAAUGACAACAGCCCUGUUUGUGAAAAGAUGUUAUAUACAGAGACUAUUCCAGAAGAUGCCCCACCUGGCAAACUCAUCAUGCAGAUCUUAGCCACAGAUGCAGAUAUCCGUUCCAAUGCAGAAAUAACAUACACACUACAAGAAGCUGGAGCCGAAGACUUUUCACUCAGUCCAGACACAGGUGAGCUGAAAACAUUAGCCGCACUUGACCGAGAGCAGAAGUCAGUAUAUACUUUCAUGGUCAAGGCUUCAGAUGGAGGAGGAAGAUUUUGCCAGGCCAAUAUUAUUCUGAAUAUAGAAGACGUGAACGAUAACAUUCCAGAAUUUACAACAGAUCCAUAUACUAUCACUGUAUUUGAAAACACUGAGCCGAAAACAUUGCUGACAAGAGUGCAAGCUACAGAUGCAGAUGCUGGGUUAAAUCAGAAAAUUCACUAUUCAUUGGUGAAUUCAGCAAAUGGGCAGUUUUCUAUCAAUGAAUUAUCAGGGAUUGUUCAAUUGGAAAAGCCUUUGGAUCGAGAGUUACAGGCUGUGUAUUCUCUGACCUUGAAAGCUGAAGAUGAAGGUUCUCCUAGAAGAUUGUCUUCUACUGGCAUACUUGUGGUUUCUGUUCUGGAUAUAAAUGACAAUCCGCCUGUGUUUGAGUAUAGGGAAUACAGUGCAACUGUAUCAGAAGACGCAGUGGCAGGAAUAGAAAUUCUUCAGGUUUAUGCUGCAAGCCGGGACAUUGAAGCCAACGCUGAAAUCACCUAUUCUAUAAUUAGUGGAAAUGAACAUGGAAAAUUCAGUAUUGAUUCAAAAACAGGUGCUAUUUUUAUUAUUGGAGGCCUUGAUUAUGAAAGCUCUCCUGAGUAUUAUCUGACAGUGGAAGCCACAGAUGGAGGAACGCCUUCACUGAGUGACGUUGUAACAGUGAACAUAAAUGUAACAGAUAUUAACGACAACACCCCAGUAUUCAGUCAAGACACUUAUACAGCAGUGAUCAGUGAAGAUGCUGAGGUCGAACAAUCAGUUGUCACUGUUAUGGCAGCAGAUUCUGAUGGGCCUUUAAACAGCCACAUUCGUUACUCCAUUAUAGAUGGCAACCAAGAGAAUCAGUUCACUAUUGACCCCACCCUGGGUGAAGUUAAGGUGGCUAAACUUCUUGACAGAGAGAAGAUUUCAGGUUACACUCUGACAGUUCAAGCCUCAGACAAUGGAAACCCACCUGGAAUUAACACAACUACAGUUAAUAUUGAUGUGUCUGAUGUAAAUGACAACCCACCAGUGUUCUCAAAAGGAAAUUACAGUAUCAUCAUCCAGGAAAAUAAGCCUGUAGGGUUUAACAUCCAGCAACUGGAGGUAACGGACAAGGAUUCGUCCCACAAUGGACCACCUUUCUUUUUCACAAUUGUGAGUGGCAAUGAAGACUAUGCUUUUGAGAUCAAUCAGCAAGGAGAACUUACCACAGCUAUUCACCUGAAACGCAAAGUGAAGGAUCAUUAUUUUCUUCAUCUUAAGGUGGCUGAUAAUGGAAGACCCCAGUUGUCAUCUUUGGCUUACGUUGACAUCAGAGUUAUUGAGGAAAGCAUCCAUCCUCCAGCAAUUCUUCCCUUAGAAAUCUUCAUCACAGCCUUUGGGGGAGAAUAUUCUGGCGGUGUCAUUGGAAAAGUGCAUGCGACCGACCAAGAUGUUUAUGACACUUUAACAUACAGUCUGGAUUCCAAGGAAUCCGUGUUCUCUGUCUCUGGCACAGGAGGCAAGCUGAUUGCUCACAAGAAGUUAGAUGCAGGGCAGUACUUCCUUAACAUCAGUGUUACAGAUGGAAAGUUUACAACUACAGCUGUCAUUACUGUGCAUGUCAAACAGAUCACACAGGAAUUGCUAAAUCACAGCAUAGCGAUCCGUUUUGCCAACCUGGCCCCAGAGGAAUUUAUUGGUGACUAUUGGCGCAAUUUCCAAAGAGCUUUAAGGACAUUCCUAGGAGUCAGGAGGAAUGACAUCCAGAUUAUUAGCUUACAGCCUUCUGAUCCUUCAAAUCUUGAUGUGCUACUAUUUGUUGAAAAGUCUGAUAAUUCUCAGUAUUCAACCAGAGCUCUGCUCCACAAGAUAAACUCCUCUGUAGCUGACCUUGAAGAGAUCUCAGGUGUCCGGAUACUGAACGUUUUCCACAAGCUCUGUUCAGGCCUGGAUUGCCCUUGGAGCUUCUGUGAAGAAAAAGUAACUGUGGAUGAGAAUGUCAUGUCAACCCAUAGCACUGCCAGGCUGAGUUUUGUCACGCCACAUCACCAGAGAAAUGCAAUUUGUCUUUGUAAAGAAGGAAGGUGCCCCCUUGUGAACAAUGCUUGUGAAGAAAAUCCAUGCCCUGAAGGUACGGAAUGUAUUCCUGAUCCUAGGGAAGGAAAGUACACAUGUGUUUGUCAUGGGAACAGCCCUACACAAUGUCCGGUUGGACCAGCAGUGACUUUUACUGGAAGCAGUUAUGUGAAAUAUCGCCUCUUGGAAAAUGAAAACAAGGAAGAAAUGAAGCUCACUAUGAGACUGAGAACAUACUCUAUUCAUGCAGUUGUCAUGUAUGCCCGAGGAACUGACUAUAGUAUUUUAGAGAUCCAUCAUGGAAGACUGCAAUAUAAAUUUGACUGUGGGAGUGGUCCUGGAAUUGUGUCAGUACAGAGCAUUCAAAUCAACGAUGGCCAGUGGCACUCCGUGUCUCUUGAAGUUGAUGGAAACUAUGCUAAACUGAUCCUGGACAGAGUGCACACUGCCUCUGGUAUUGCUCCAGGUGCUCUAAGGACGCUGAACCUAGACAACCAUGUCUUUUUUGGGGGUCACAUUCGACAGCAAGGUGCAAGGCAUGGAAGAGGCCCCCAGGUUAGCAAUGGCUUCAGAGGAUGUAUGGAUUCAAUUGUACUGAAUGGUCAAGAAUUGCCCCUAAAUGGCAAACCUCGGAGUUAUGCACACAUGGAAGAAUCUGUGGAUGUAUCGCCUGGAUGUUUACUGGCUGCUACCGAGGAUUGUUCAAGUAGUCCAUGUCAGAAUGGGGGCAUUUGUAAUCCGCUACCCAGUGGAGGCUAUUAUUGUAACUGUGCAGCUUUGUUUAUGGGCACACAUUGUGAUAUCAGUGUCAACCCAUGUGCUUCCAACCCUUGCCUUUAUGGUGGCACUUGCAUUCCUGUCAACGAUGAUUUCAUGUGCCAGUGCAGAGGGCUGUAUACCGGUCAGAGGUGUCAGAUUGGUCCAUAUUGCAAAGACAACCCAUGCAAAAACAGUGGCAAGUGUAUUGAUAGCUUAGAUGGACCUGUUUGUGAAUGCGAGGCAGGUUUCCGUGGAGAAAGAUGCUUGACUGAUAUCGACGAGUGUGUGGAGAACCCAUGUCUGAAUGGUGCUCUCUGUGAGAACACAUAUGGUGCCUAUCACUGUAACUGCAGCCAUGGAUUUGGAGGGAAGCACUGUGCUGAUGUUCUUAACAAAUACGUUUCAACCUCGUGGAACAUUAGCUUAGCAGAAGUCAUUGGCAUCAUCAUCUUCAUAGUGGGAGUCUUCAUACUGGUUGGAAUCUUUGUUUUCUGCCGCCAAGUAAUCAGGAGAAAGAAGAAAAGCCAGCCGGAACCUGAGGACAAGCAUCUAGGGGCAACAACAGCAUUCUUGCAAAGACCAUACUUUGAUUCAAAACUAAAUAAGAACAUUUAUUCUGACAUUCCACCUCAGGUGCCUGUUCGUCCUAUUUCAUAUACUCCAAGCAUUCCAAGUGAUUCAAGGAACAACUUGGACAGGAAUUCCUUUGAGGGAUCCACUAUUCCAGAGCACCCAGAGUUUACUACUUUUAAUCCAGAUUCUGGACACGGCCACAGGAAAGCAGUGGCUGUCUGCAGUGUAGCCCCUAAUUUGCCUCCCCCGCCUCCAUCCAAUUCACCCUCCGACAGCGACUCGAUACAGAAGCCCAGCUGGGACUUUGACUACGACACUAAAGUUGUAGAUCUGGAUUCCUGUCUCUCAAAGAAGCCCUUGGAAGAGAAGGUUUCCCAGCCAUAUAGUGCUAGAGAGAGCAUGUCUGAAGUCCAGUCCCUUAGCUCAUUCCAGUCAGAAUCAUGUGAUGAUAACGCUUCCCUAGUGACUGUAAUACACCUUGUCAAUGCUGUUGUUGACUCGGUGGGAAAAGAAGAGUCUUUUGCUGUUCCUGACCUGAGCAAUUCAAGAGGCUAUCACUGGGAUACCUCUGACUGGAUGCCAAAUGUCCAACUGCCUGGCAUACAGGAGUAUCCAAACUAUGAGGUCGUUGAAGAGCCGGCACCCCUGUACACAGAUCCAAACUCCAUUGAUGCAGACUACUACCCUGGAGGCUAUGACAUCGAGAGUGACUUUCCACCUCCACCAGAUGACUUCCCUGUGCCAGACGACCUUCCUCCGCUACCACCGGAAUACAGUGAUCAGUUUGACACAAUACAGCAAUCCAGGGACCUGUCUGCCAUGGGUAGCUUGGGGUCGUCUUCAAGGAGCAGACAAAGGUUCAACCUCAACGAGUACCUUCCCCAUCACUAUCCUUCGGACAUGUCAGAACCUCAGAACACAGCCAACGGAGCCUCCAGUACUUAUAGAGAACCAUAUGAUCCUUACACGGUAGGGUACGUGGGGGGAUUUGAAGCACCUCCUGUAGACAACAUGUCCAUGUCUGUGUACGCUUCCACGGCUUCGUGUUCUGACGUGUCGGCAUGCUGUGAAAUGGAGUCUGAGGUCAUGAUGAGUGACUAUGAGAGUGGCGAUGACGGACAUUUUGAAGAAAUUAUCAUUCCUCCUCUAGAUCCUCAGCAGCACACAGAAGUCUGACACUCUUCCUCAUUAAAAGUGCCUGGAUGUUAAUGAACUAUAAAAAGGAGAAAAAAAAGAUUCUAGAGAAAUCUCGGAGAGCUUAUUUUUCUUUCCCCCCCCCUUGGCAGUGCUUGAGCGCUUUGUUUCAGUGAGCUAAGACUGGCAUGGCUGCACUGGAUCGUGUGGCUCAUUUCAACGUAUUAACCAAUUGUCCAUUUCCUGACUUCAUGCAGUUUGACUGAUCACAGGUCUCCCACUGGCUGUGCCACCCCUUCCCCCAGUGUUUUUUGUACCUACAUUGUCUAUGUUAAAGAAGAAGAAGAAAAAGCAAAAACAUACCAUGUUGUCAUUUUAGCAUGAUCAAUGUAUUUAUAUCGUUCAAGAACAAAUCAUUUUUUUUAUCUUAUCUCUCUGUAAAUUUUAUGUACAGUUUUGAUUUCAAUGAUUUUAACUAGAUUUUUGUAGAUAAUUUCCCAUUUUGAUUUCCACUGAUUCCAGUGGUGUUUAGUGUGCCAUUACACCAACCCCACUCCCUCCUCCCCUGGUUUUUUUUAUUACGUUCAGGAAUUUGCUGUAUUUUUGUUCCUUCUCACAAAUGUUUGACAUUUCAUUUAUGGAUUUCAAUAUAAUCAUGCAUUUCCAAGUGUACAUAAUUUGCAGUUGUAAAAGACACCAGAUGUUUUCCAGGCAAGAAACAGGAAAAUGUCUUGCAUAGGUUUGUGUACUCUAGAACAGUAAGCAUUUUUUCCUUACAUCAGAAGUUGUGUUGGGAGCCCACUGCAUACCUGUUUAGAACCAAAACCACAUUGGCACAGUUUUCUAGUGUCUGUAUAUUUGUGAUGCAAUGGUCUUGUAAAGGUUUUUACUGAAAUCUAUCAUUAGCCAGUCUUUCUUACUGACAAUAAAUUAUUAAUAAAAUACUUUAGCUUUGUUUACCAA